AUGGCUAAUAAUUCUGGUAUUUUUUCAUAUGAACUUCUUGUCUUCCCGGGACUCCCCGAGAAAUAUGAGAUUCUGGUAUCUGUGGCAAUGUUCCUCAUCUAUAACAUGUCAUUGAUUACAAACGGCAUUGUGAUAUUACUGGUAUUUUCACAACGGAAUCUACACCACCCGAUGUACAAGUUCAUUGGAAAUCUCGCUCUCUCAGACCUGCUAUUUGACACAAUCACCUUGCCCAAAAUUGUAGCCAAGUACUGGAAUGGAGAUGGAUCAAUGUCUGUACCAGGAUGCAUCACUCAGUUAUUUUUUGUCCACUUUCUCGGGUCACUUGACUCUUUUCUCAUCAUGGUGAUGGCACUUGAUCGUUAUGUUGCCAUUUGCAAGCCGCUGAGAUAUCCCUCCAUAGUAACCAAUAAGUUUGCUGCCAUUCUCUGUAGCCUUGUCUGGAUUUUAGCUGCUAUUGCGCCAUCUCACAGCACAAUACGGAGUGCGCAAAUUAAUUACUGCGGCAAAAACAAAAUUAAGAGCUGUUUCUGCUCCACUCCAAGUGUGUUCAGCUUGGCGUGCACUGACUAUUCUACUGCUCUACAGAUAUCUAGUACUAUUGCUGUUACUGUUCUUCUUGGCCCUCUGUCUUUAAUAAUAUUGUCCUAUAUAUUCAUCAUUAAGAUGAUCCACUCCUCAUCCCGAUCAAAGAGUUGGCAGAAGGUGUUUCACACUUGUACCACUCACUUUCUGGUCAUUGGUUUGUAUUACAUUCCACGUGUAACUCUUUAUUUCACAAAUCUGUACCGUGUGGUUAUUAAUGCUGAUAUAAAUGUCUUACUUCUUUGUCUUUAUACUUAUAUCCCUCACUUAGCAAAUCCUGUUAUAUACUGUCUCCGCACGGAAGAAAUCAGAAACACUCUUCAAUUUCAGUAUGCAUAG